AUGGACCUUGGGGUCUUCAGAGGUUUUAGAGAUCAAAAGUUAUCAUUUUACAAGGGCAACUUUAAAAUCACUGGUUUGCAAUACAACGGUGCUUUGUCUCGGCAGACUUCAGACCAGUUUAGAGAUUUAGGAAAUUGGAUUGAAAAACUGAUGUAUGAGACAUUUCACAAUUCUGUUCUAAAACGUAAAUAUAGAGGCUCACGGCUUGUCAGAGUAAGUCCUGACACAGGUGGAGUGAUGGCACAAGUUAUGCUGAUAUUUCUUUUCUCCCGUACUGAAAAUGAGAUACCACUCCGCAUGGCAGUCAAUAGAGUUUUGCAGCAGAGGCUGCAGAUGUAUCCUGGGUCUGCGCACAUUGAUCUCUCCUCUUCCUCCCUUUCAGAUAUGAAGGGAGAAAUGGCUGAAAGAAUCUUCAGUGACAUCUGUGGGCUUCGACAUAACAGAUCCUCAGGAACAUCAAGGAUAACUGGAGGAGUGUCAUCUGGAGAAUGGCCAUGGCAAGCCAGUCUCCAACGAAACAACAUCCAUCGUUGUGGGGCAACGUUGAUCAGCAACACUUGGCUCCUAUCUGCAGCACAUUGUUUUAGAGAAGCAAAAAAUCCACAUAAAUGGACAGUUAGCUUUGGAACCUAUUUAAGUCCUCCUCUAAUGAUACGGCUUGUCAAAACAAUUAUAAUUCAUGAAAAAUAUCAGUAUCGAGAUCAUGAACAUGAUAUUGCUGUUCUGCAGUUGACUAAAAGUGUAGAGUUUACAAGUGCUAUUCAUCGAGUUUGUCUCCCAGAUUCAAAUGAAAAGAUUCCAUAUAAUAUUGAUGCUGUGGUUACAGGAUGGGGAGCACUUAAUAAUGAUGGUGAAACUCCUAAUGUCCUUCAGGAAGCAACAGUAAAGCUCAUAGACUCCAAAGUUUGCAACAGAAGGGAAGUGUACAAUGGGGCCAUAAAACCUGGAAUGCUAUGUGCCGGAUACCUUGAAGGAGGAAUUGAUUCCUGCCAGGGUGACUCUGGUGGUCCACUGACGACAUCUGAUUCAAGAAAAAUGUGGUACCUUGUUGGCAUAGUGAGCUGGGGGGAUGAAUGUGGAAAACCAAAUAAGCCUGGCGUCUACACACGAGUGACUUACUAUCGAGACUGGAUUACUAAAUAUACUGGGCUUUGAAAUAAUAAGUAUAAAAAGAUGCACAUGUUUGAAGCUAUAUAGAUAGCAUCGAGGUAGUACAAAAUUACAAUGAGUUUGUAUAAGAAUGUUUGUCUUAUCCCCUCAGUCAUUAAUAAACCCAGCAUGUUAAAGAGAAACUAAUGGACUUGGACUGUUAAACCGAAGCACCGAUUGUAAGGUGUGUAUUCCCAGGGAAAAGAGAGUAAAUGUGCUCUUGCACAGGCUGAGCACUUCCGUUCACUCUCCAACUGUUCUGUCUUCCCCCUUCUUCAGAGAGACAUUAGCGAAGGAUAUGCUAAGUCUUAACAAGACAGGGCAUUGUCUUCAACCAUUAAGCAGCUUUAUGUCAACAACACUCCUAGUAACAGUGAAGUGGGCUGCACAAAGCGUUUGCUCAUUUCUAGAGAAGCACGUUAAGCUUCCCGUGGCUAUCUCACAGAAGAUGAGAAGCAGAAACAUCUCACUGCUAGGCAUACCUAAGAGGUCAUGAUUUUAAUAUGAAGUAGCAUUGCUUUAUAUCCAGAAAUGUAUAA